AUGGCGCCCAAGUUCGACCCCAACGAGGUGAAGAUCGUCAAGCUCCGGCAGUACGGCGGCGAGCAGGCACCCUCGUCCGUGCUCGCGCCGAAGGUGGGGCCCCUGGGGAUGUCUCCCAAGAAGAUCGGAGACGACAUCGUGAAGGGCACCUCGCAGUGGAAGGGCAUCCGUGUUACGGUUAGGCUGACGAUCCAGAACCGCGCGGCGAAGGUCGACGUGGAGCCUAACGCCACGAGCCUCAUCAUUAAGAGCCUGAAAGAACCUUUGCGCGACCGCAAGAAGACCAAGAACAUCAAGCACUCUGGGAACUUGACCAAGCAGCAGCUCUUCGACAUCGUAAGGCAGAUGAGAGAGAAGAGCCAGGCCAAGGAGUUCAGCGGCACCGUCAAGGAGGUGCUGGGCAGCUGCAGGGCAGUGGGCUGCACGGUGGACGGCACGGCGCCCGCCACUCUGACGCAGAUGGUCGACGACGGCGAGUUCGAGCUGCCAGAGAAGUGA